CUGCAGCUACCAAGAAUACCAACGCUUACGUAUUACCGCUCGUGUGCAGCUCUCGUCAACCCAAACAAGGCACUUCACCAGCAAAAAUGGAGAGCUCAGCGCAGGCGCGCCUGGCGGUCCUGUCUCGCCAGUUCGCACCCGUAGCGGAGGGCAUGCAGUCACUCUCGCUGCAGACCUGCUCCGCUGGUGACUCUGCCGCCUACGAGCGUCGCAACACCGCCGAUGACGACGUCGUCAUUGUGGCCUCUCUGCGCACGCCGCUGACCAAGGCCAAGCGCGGCGGUCUGCGGGACACGGACGCGGCUGACCUGCUGUCCACUCUGUUCAAGGCGGUGCUGGAGCGCACCGGUGUGGAGCCGCAGGCGAUUGGCGACAUUGUGAUUGGCUCGGUGCUGGGCCCCUCGUCCCAGCGCGCCAACGAGUGCCGCAUCGCCUCGUUCUUUGCCGGCAUCCCGGAUGUGGUGCCCGUGCGCACCGUCAACAGGCAGUGCUCGUCAGGCCUGCAGGCCAUCGCUGACGUGGCCGCCGCCAUCAAGGCUGGCUUCUACACCGUCGGCCUGGCGGGCGGUGUGGAGACCAUGUCUUCCAACCCCAUGGCCUGGGAGGGCGGCAUCAACCCGCGCGUGGGCGACUUCCCCGGCGCCGCCAGCUGCAUGCUGCCCAUGGGCGUCACCAGCGAGAACGUGGCGGCCAAGUACGGCGUGGACCGCAAGACGCAGGACGAGUUCGCCGUGCGCUCGCACAAGAAGGCCGCCGCCGCGCGCGCCGCUGGCAAGUUCAAGGACGAGAUUGUGCCGGUGGCCACCAAGCUGGUGGACCCCAAGACAGGCGCCGAGACCAAGAUCACCAUCAGCGAGGACGAUGGCAUCCGCGGCAGCACCACCAUGGAGACGCUGGGCGCGCUCAAGGCUGUGUUCAAGAAGAACGGCACCACCACCGCCGGCAACUCGUCCCAGGUUACGGACGGCGCAGCGGUGGCGCUGAUGAUGACUCGCGCGGAGGCGACCCGCCGCGGCCUGCCCAUUCUGGGCGUGUUCCGCGCCUUUGCGGCGGUUGGCGUGGACCCCGCCAUCAUGGGCGUGGGGCCGGCCGUGGCCAUCCCGGCCGCCGUGGCGCGCGCCGGCCUGUCGCUGGACGACAUUGACGUGUUCGAGAUCAACGAGGCCUUCGCGUCGCAGGCCUUCUACUCGAUCACCAAGCUAGGCCUGGAUGAGGCCAAGGUGAACCCCAACGGCGGUGCCAUUGCGCUUGGCCACCCCCUGGGCGCCACGGGCGCGCGCUGCACCGCCACGCUGCUGCACGAGAUGCGCCGUCGCGGCCGCGCCGCGCGCUUCGGCGUCGUGUCGAUGUGCAUUGGCAGCGGCAUGGGCGCGGCGGCGGUGUUCGAGGCGGGCGGCGAGACGGACGCGCUGGCCACGGCGCGCGCCGUGGCGGGCCCGCAGCAGCUGCUGAGCAAGGACGCGGUCGUGUAAGGCGUCCGCUCGGGCAAUGGGGCGCGCAGUAGGCGUCGCGGGAGCAGGUUGCUGAGGUGCUGGGGCGCUGUACGAGGCGGCAGGCGUAUCAUCAGGCUUCGAGCUAGCGGCGGUGCGUUGGGCGUGCUGGAUCCCUUGCGGCGGGCUGUCGGGCUACACCGAACGGGCGGACCUUGUGCGGCGCGUGGGUUCUUUUAUGGUCGAGGUGUGUACCGUAGGCAGGUUUAGUGCACAAGUCAUUUUGGUUCCAGUGAGUGGAUUGUUCACAGGUUUUGCGGUAGUAUUUUUGGCAAGAUGGGUGCAGGGCCGUUGGUGCACCUUCAGGGGCACCAGACCCGCUAGCAGCCAUACAAUAAAACGACACUGCACAUUCUUUGGCGGUUCGAGGGUGUGACCCGGCGUCGGGUGCAAGGAACAUGGAGGCAGCAGUGAGGCAAUGGCCUGAUCCUGUGCUUUGCCGAAUCCGGCAUGCUAGCCAACAUUUGGCAGGCAGCCAAUAUUCGCGUGCACACACGGAUGCAUGUGUCUCCGUGCGAUGUGUCUCUUCGGCGUGUGGGGACGCCGCGUUGGCGAGAGCCACAGAUGGCCUACCAUGGGGGCAUGUCGCACCCGUGGAGGGCACUGUAAGUGCAUGCAUGG